UCUCUGUAAUGGUUUUUGCGGGGGAACAUUUCGUCCCCACAUUUGUUUCUCAUCUCACCGACCACCUCCUACUUCACCCUCUCAUGCUUCAACUCCUUUUUAUAUAUAUAUACACACACUUGACAACCUCUUUUCUUCAUACACUACCCUUUUCUUUCGUUAAUUACUUUGCCUUUUUCAAUGGAGAAAGAAGAUCUUGGCCUUGAAAUCACCGAGCUCCGGUUGGGCCUUCCCGGCGCCGCUGCGGAGAACAACACCGACAAGGACAAGAAUAAGAACAAAAAGAGGGUCUUCUCCGACAUUGAAGGUGAAAACAGCUCCUCUGAAGAUGGCAAAAAAGAAACCAAGAAUCAAGUUGUCGGGUGGCCUCCGGUUUGCUCCUACCGCAAGAAGAACACCGUCAAUGAACCUAAACUCUACGUUAAAGUCAGCAUGGACGGCGCUCCUUUCUUGCGUAAAAUCGAUUUAGCCAUGCACAAGGGAUACUCCGACUUGGCCUUCGCCUUGGACAAGUUCUUCGGUUGCUACGGAAUCGGCGAAGCGUUGAAGGAUGCGGAAAAUGCUGAACACGUUCCCAUAUACGAGGACAAAGAUGGCGACUGGAUGCUGGUUGGAGAUGUUCCUUGGGAGAUGUUUAGGGAGUCAUGCAAGAGAUUGAGGAUUAUGAAGAGAUCAGAUGCAAAGGGGUUCGAUCUGCAGCCAAAAGGGUCUUUAAAGGGAUUCAUAGAAGGCGUGAGAAAAUGAAAAGCAUAGAUAAAGAAGCAAAGAAGAUAGGCUUCUAAUUGAUAUGUCGUACACGUUUUGAAGACAAAACAAGUUUCAUAUGUUGUCGUUUUAUUAUAUUUGAGGAAGCAACAUUUUAUAGUAUGGUGCAUGAACCAGACUUGUGUCUAUGAUAAGGCCUAAGAAUGCUGUUUAAUGAAAUAGGGAUUCAAAAACUCAUCGUUUUAGUAUAUGUCUUGUCAUAUUUGUUAAUAUUUUGCAAAUUACACCAAACUUAUUGUCCAUUCA